AUGAGUAAUAUUGGUUUGGUGUUAGUGUUUGACUUCAUCAGACAAGCAGGACGGUCCGGGACUAACUCGCCCAGAAGGCUCAACGGAAUACUGAAGAGGGCUCUAAUUCAAGGAAACAGUCCGGGACGCCUCUCGCCGACCCAACACGAAGGUAUCGGGUGUUUGCUUCCUUCCAUCCUGCACAGGCGUGUACAUGGAAAGCUGCUCCUAAAAUCCCAGAAGAACACUCCAGUACCCGUUACUCGAAGUGAGGGCCUGUUCUCUGAAAGUAUUAGGUAUGCACAUCAGAACAAUGACUUCCAAAUCUUGAAAAGUCACCAGGAAAUGGUUCCUGCUUGGAAACAGGUCACAGAUUCGAGAGACCCCUGGAGAAUAAGGAGUCGGCCCCAAUCAGAGAAGUUUUGGGAGCUGUUUAAGCAAGUUCAUUUGUGCUGUUCAUUUCCCUUCGGCGUCAAACUCCCCGCCUCGCUGACCAAGGCCUAA